GCGCUGUGCUGAGUUCGCGCCACGUCUUCCCAGGGGGCCCCUCCCAGGUCUCCUCAGUCCCUGCGUCCGAGCCUCUGCUCAGCGAACCGGGCCCAGAGCAUCAUGGGCAGCGAGGCCUCUCGCGCUUCCUCCUUCCAGGUGCUGCUGCUUCUGCUUCUGCUCCUGCUCCGGGCCGAGCGACUGCGGGGCGCCGAGCUCACCUUCGAGCUGCCGGACAACGCCAAGCAGUGUUUCCACGAAGAGGUGGAGCAGGGCGUGAAGUUCUCUCUGGAUUACCAGGUUAUCACUGGAGGCCACUACGAUGUGGACUGCUAUGUGGAGGACCCCUUGGGGAACAUCGUCUACCGGGAGACCAAGAAGCAGUAUGACAGCUUCACGUACAAGACGAUGGUCAAGGGCGUUUAUCAGUUUUGCUUCAGUAAUGAAUUUUCCACCUUUUCUCAUAAGACCGUCUACUUUGACUUCCAAGUGGGUGACGAGCCCCCCAUUCUCCCAGACAUGGGGAAUAGGGUCACAGCUCUUACUCAGAUGGAAUCCGCCUGCGUAACUAUUCAUGAAGCUCUGAAGACUGUGAUCGACUCCCAGACACAUUAUCGCCUUCGAGAGGCCCAGGACCGAGCCCGAGCUGAAGACCUUAAUAGUCGGGUGUCUUACUGGUCGGUUGGAGAGACUAUUGCCCUGUUUGUGGUCAGCUUCAGUCAGGUGCUAUUGCUUAAAAGCUUCUUCACAGAGAAACGACCCAUUAACAGAGCGGUCCACUCCUAGCCGUGCUGUGCGGCUCCAUGGCCCCUCACACCCUAGGGUCUCCAGUUCUUGCCGGGAUGGGGGUGUGACACAGGGUGAAGGGAGAGCUGAAGGGAGGACACAGGUCACACUUUACUGUUUGUGCACAUAUCUGUCCCUGCACUCCAGCAACGUAAGCUCACAGAGUCCAGUAAUAUGAAGCAUCUAACUGUAUUGUGUGUGUAACAUUGACCAAAAAUGUUUACGGGUCAGCCUAGGGAUUGGCCACUAUUUGGGGUAACAGUGAUCCAGCAUCCAGUCUGUGGGAGAACUCCAAGUACCUGGGCCUCCAGGGAAGCUUAGGGUUCUGCCACUACUUCAUGAUACAUGGGUCAUUGGGUUGUGUCCUCUUCCAUCUGGGGGAGAAAGGGACUCUCAGUUCUUGCCUUUCUUCCCCUGGGCCUCUCUGUACCUUAGGAUAUCAGAUCUAAUCUGGAAGCAGUAGGGUCAGCUGUACAACCAGGACCCAAAAGGAGAGUGAGUGCCUUUGGUGAUCUCUAUCUCCUAGGGCAGAAUUGUGCUAAUAAAAACCAAGUUUGAGUACUCUG